AUGCUGGUUUCGCUGCUAGUUGCGAUCGAGUCCACCGUGACCUCGACGGCUGCUGCUUUUCUUCUCUUGUCCGGCCAGCUCGCGGACAUCUUUGGCCGACGAUGGGUUUUCAUCACGGUGGUGGCUCUCUUCGCUUUGGGUAGCGGCAUUGCGGGCGGCAGCAACAGUGCGACCAGGCUCAUCGCCGGCAGAGCUGUGCAGGAUAUUGGUGGUGGCGGCAUCAACCUCUUGAUCGAGUUGGUCGUCAGCGACUUGGUUCCGCUGUGCGAGCGAGGAAAAUACAUGGCCUUGCUGUUUGCCUUUUUUGCCCUCGGUACAGCCAUUGGACCAUUUGUUGGCGGUGUGCUCGUGGAGCGCUCGUCCUGGCGUUGGCGGCGGCCUGCUCUCGAAGACAAGCCGCUAUAA